UGGCAGCUCUCACACUCUCCCCUACUCCUUCUCCAGGUGCCAGCCAUUGUGAGGUACAUCCACCAGUGCCUCACCUUCCACCUGUCUCCAGAUGUCAGGCAGCACAUUGACAUCCGCAGGCUCGCUGACAGAAACCCUCAUGAGGUCGUGAUGACUCUGCUGGGCUGUGCUCCAGAGUGUGACAGAGCUGCUGCAGUGAUGUGGAGCAGCAUCGCCUCCUCAAGAACAGCAAUGGAGAAGGUGCUGCCCACACUGCUUGGAGCAAUGCAGGACUGGCCAGUGCACAGCAUGUCCAGCUCUGAUGCUGACAACAACACAGCCAUCUUUGCCCUGGCUGCAACCCUGGCACUGUGGCACAUCAUCCAGGAGACCGAAUGCGAAGAGGCCAUGAUCAAUCAUGCCCCACACCUCCUCUUGUCUCUGCUCUUCCAAAUUUCCAUGAGCACAGAGCAGAUGUCAGAGGAGGUCGAUGCUUUCUGGAGGCAGUGCCAGGAGGAACAUGGCCUUCCCAAAAACCCCAACAGGUUUGCAGUACAGACCCUGAAGGCUCUGCUCUGCUGCCUGCACUGGGAGAAUGAGGUGGUGGCCAUUGAACGAAAGCGUGGCUGGGAGACACUGCUAUGUUUAGACACCCACCAUUAUGCAGUGGGGCUGCUGGCCAGGGAGAUGCGACGUGUCCUUGUCCCGUUCCAUUGCGAGAUGGCAAUCGACCUGCUCAGGAUGCUCAGCAGGGAGGAACCCCACUGGGAGCUCCCUGCCCUGGCGUUCCUCGUAGAGAUCCUGGACUAUCUGGAUGGGAGAAAGUGUCACGACACAGUUCUGCCCAUCCUAUCAAGGAACUUGCAGAUCCUGUGCCCUGAGAGGCAGCGCCUGGCACUGAGAGGCCUCCUGGUUCUCAGUGUGGAUCCCUUGAUGGCCGACAGCAUCUGCAGCCUGGCUGAAAACCUCCUGGAGCUGCUGCGUCAUGAAGAUGUAGAGAUGGUCGAGAUGACCCUCUCUGUCUUCCUGAACAUGCUCCAGGAUGAAGACCUUCAGGCAUUCGGCUCUGCUGCCCUGAAGCUGGCUGAGGCACUGCAGCCACUGUUUGAUAAUGACAACAGCCACGUGCAGCUGCUCUCCAUUCGCCUCUUCCGAGAGGUGAUGGAGUUGGUAGUGGAAGAGGGAAAGGAGACACUUGUGCACCAGAGCCUGGUGCCGCUCCUCUUCCACUGCCAUGAUGAGACCCAGUGCGUGGCAGAGAUGGACAAGGACAUGAGCUGA